AUGAAGAUAAAUAAACAGAAGCUAGGAAGCGCACUCUGUACUGUGCUAAUCCUGUUAAUAUGGUAUACGUUUUCUGGUCAACAGUUAUCUUACAAGGGUGCAAAUGAUGCACAGCCGGUGACCGAUAAUGCACAAGACAAAAUUGUGAUCAACGACAGAGAAGAGCCGAAGAAGAAAGCGGACUCAAUUAUGCCUAGAAUGCCUACUGAGGAUGCUAGGAAAGAGCUAGGACGGGCUUCAUGGAAAUAUUUCCAUACGUUGCUUGCUCGAUUCCCAGAAAAGCCAACAAAUGAGGAACAAUCGAAGUUAAAGAAGCUGAUUCAGUUAUUUGGCGAACUAUAUCCAUGUGGUGAAUGUUCUGAGCAUUUCAUGCAACUGCUAUCUAAGUAUCCACCUCAGUCUUCAAGCAGGACAGCGGCAGCUAUGUGGGGGUGUUCUAUUCACAACUAUGUUAACAAGUCCUUGAAGAAACCAAUGCACCCUUGCGAGAAUAUUUUGGAAGAUUACGACUGUGGAUGUGGUGACGAUGAGGAAAAACAGAAUUCCGACGAAGAAGAUGCGGCUAAGAUUAAUGGUGUUCUGCUACAGACGGAAAAAGAACAAUCCGGUUAA